AUGGCGAAUGCACAAAAGAUUGCAAAUAUAUUUGAGCUUGCUUCAGUUGCCUUUAAGAAACUGGCUGAAUUGACUUUGGACCUGAAAAUAUUUCAAGCUCAGGCUGAACAGGGUCCCUCAACUAGCAGUCGAUGGACUAUCAUCGAGGUGGAACAAUUGAAGGAAGCUAUUGCGCGUUUUGGAAACGACCUCAAUAAAAUUGCUAGUGUCAUAGAAACUAAAACAUUGACCCAAAUUAAACACAAGUUGAAGAGUCAGGCUCUAGAGGGACCGGGUCCAGAGCGUGUUGAUGGGGGAGAAAACGAUGACGAAAAGGAUGCUGACAGGUCUCCUGACGACGAGUCGGAGCACGUUCAAGAACUGUCUGAGGUGCCAACUGUAUCUGUUGAUCGUGGUAGAAGAAAGCAGACAUUCUCUGAGAGGAAUGAUCCGGAUCUCCCAGACCAAAAGAAACGGCGUCUUGAAUCGGCUUCUGGCCCUUCAGUUUUGACGGUACAGAAACCUAAAGGGCCACUGAUUGCUAGACAUGUCGUCCCGGUUGCAGGGGUUCAAAGACUGCCGAUAACGGUGCAGACCUCAUCUGCGACCAAACCUCGUGUCGUUCCACCAACUUUGUCGGCCUCUAAUGUUCUAUCUCACGCACAGAUGCGAAAACAGGCGGUUAUGUCACAGGAGUCAAAGUAUGAGGAAUACUCCGAGGAUGGAGGGGAUGAGCACUUUGAAGAUGAUGACGACGACGACGAUGAUGAGGAGGAGUCGGAUGCACCUUACUACUCUGAAGAUGAAGGAGGUGACAAUAGUACUCCACAAAACUAA